AUGGCAUCUUUUAUAAAUUACUGUCCCCGCAGCAUCAGGUUCAUCAAACACCCUUCUAAGGAGAAGUUUAACAAACCAUGGGUGAUGACUAAGUUCUACCAACACAUUCUGGCUUUUGUAUUUGCCAUUGACAAGGUCAAUGAGGACCCCAGCAUCUUGCCCAACAUCACCCUCGGCUUCCACAUUCGGGAAAGCUACACUGAUGCAAGGAUGACCUAUCGCACCACUUUAGAUUUGCUUUUCAACUCAAAUAAGUUUGUGCCUAAUUAUCUGUGUGGCAUUGAAAAAAAUGUUGUAGGUGUGAUUGGUGCACUGAGCUUUGAAACCUCCUCCUGCAUGGCAGACAUCCUAGGACUUUACAAGAUUCCACAGCUUUCAUAUGGCUCAUUCAAACCCAUGCAUGAACUGAACAAUCAAUACUCCUUUUACCGCAUGGUCCCAAAUGAAGCCCUUCAGUACCAAGGACUGGUCCAGUUACUUCUCCAUUUUCAGUGGAUAUGGAUUGGGCUCAUGGCUACAGAUGAUGAUGGUGGAGACCAGUUCUUGAGAACCAUGGAGCCAUUGCUUUUGAAGAACAGGAUCUGUUCAAAUUUCACAUUAAGGUUUCAAAAAGCAUUGCAUAUAAAUGAUGCCAUACAAGAAAUGAUUCAAGCUUUAUUGCAUAAUGUGGAAGAUGUAAUGAGGAGCAAAGCCAAUGCCAUUGUAAUCCAUGGAGAAGCUCCAGCCAUUACAUCAUUGGAAAUGCUUUUAUUUGCAAGCACAUUGGUCCAGCAAAUAUUUCCUCAGUAUAAGGGGAGGUUUGCCUCAGCAAGAGUGUGGAUAACAACAGCACAAAUUGAUUUCUAUGUAAAUCGUUUAGUAAUUCAUAGUGGAUUUGACAUGCAAAUGCUCCAUGGUGCCCUCUCCUUUACCAUUCCUACCAAGGAACCUGAAGGUUUUCAGGAAUUCCUUCAGCUUGUCCAUCCUUCCUGGGACAAUGAAGAUGGCUUUGUUAAUGAUUUUUGGGAAUAUGCAUUUGCUUGCUCAUCUUCACAUGUCAUUUUCAGAUUCCGAGGAGGAUGUGCAGGAAACGAGAGGCUGGACAUCCUUCCUCAGUCUAUUUUUGAAUUGAGCAUGACUGGCCACAGCUACAGUGUUUACAAUGCUGUCAAUGCUAUUGCUCAUGCCUUACACAACUUGUACUCACCUCCACCAAAACACAGAAGAAUAGCGAGUGGAAGAAGACAGACUUCUCAGUGUGUUCGUUCCUGGCAGCUGCACUCAUUUAUUCAGAAGAUCUCAUUCAACAACAGUGCAGGAGAGGAAAUUAUGUUUAACAAACAUGGAGAGUUCAAAGGAGGCUUUGAUAUAACCAACUUGAUAACCUUCCCUAAUCAGUCCUAUGUCAGGGUCAAAGUGGGAAGGGUGGACCAUGAUGUUCCUCUACGCAAAGGAUUCACCAUUCAUGAGGACAAAAUUCAUUGGCACAGACAAUUGGAGCAGGUGUGGAAACAACCAAUAGUGUUUCUUGCACAAGUCAUCCUUCAGCUGAUAUUCAAGGAUAUGGAAACCUGUGUCCAUUGCUCAGGCCAUCAAUAUCCAAACAAAUUCAAGAAUCAAUGCAUUCCAAAGAAACCAAACUUCUUAGCUUUUGAAGACAGCUUGUCCAUCAUUUCCACUUCUUCUGUUCUUUUAUUGUCUCUGAUCACCAUGCUGGUCCUAGGACUCUUUAUCUGGCAGAGGGACACUGCCAUUGUCAAGGCGAACAACAAAACCCUCACCUACAUUCUCCUCAUCUGCCUUCUCUUCUGUUUCCUCUGUCCUUUCCUCUUUAUGGGAAGACCCAAUAGGGUGUCCUGUCUUCUUCGACAAACUGCUUUUGGUGUGGUCUUUUCUGUGUGCCUCUCCACAAUCCUGGCAAAAACCAUUUCGGUGGUUCUGGCCUUCAUGGCAACCAAACCAGGAUCCCAGAUGAGAAAGUGGGUGGGAAAAAGACUGGCCUAUGCCAUUGUCUUCUCCUGCUCCAAUAUUCAAGCAGGCAUCUGUGCUCUGUGGCUGGCAAAUUCUCCCCCAUUCCCAGAUUCAGACAUGCACUCCAUGUCUACUGAAAUCAUCCUGCUAUGCAAUGAGGGUUCCAUCCUCAUGUUCUAUUGUGUCUUGGGAUACAUGGGUUUCCUGGCUGCUGUCAGUUUUACAGUGGCCUUCCUGGCCAGGAAGUUGCCAGACAGCUUCAAUGAGGCCAAGUUCAUCACCUUCAGCAUGCUGGUCUUCUGCAGUGUGUGGUUGUCCUUUGUCCCAACAUACCUCAGCACCCAAGGAAAGUACAUGGUGGCUGUGGAGAUCUUCUCCAUGUUGACCUCCAGUGCUGGCUUACUGUGCUGCAUCUUUUUCCCUAAAUGCUACAUCAUUGUUUUCAGAUCAGACAUGAACAACAGGGAGCAGUUAAUGAGAAGAAAGAAGUAA